CUUAAAAGCAUGGGAAAUAAAUCGCCAAUGCACACGCAAGUUCUAAUUUCUAGUUCAUUACCAAAGUAGUCUUGUUGCUGUAUUAGCUUUUGUUUAUACUUUUUCACUGCUCUGAUACGCUCGCUCUCUAGGUUAGUGGUAGUCGUCAUGUGACGAGGAGAGUCACGCGCUUUGGAUCCAGGAGAUGACUCACAGUUUUGGUAUACUCUCUUCGGUUAAUUGACUAUGGCGUCAGAGGAGACAGGUGUGCCUUUGGACUCAGCUGAGAACCUGGAGGACAGGAGAGCACAGGAGCAUAGAGCUACAGAGGGGCCAAAGACAGAGGUCCCAGCCAGUCCCAGCCAAGAUGGACCUCAGGUGACUGCAGCAGAGACAUUCUUCAAAGCACAAAGGACUCGGUUGGGCAACACGGCCUUCCAUCUACCACCAACCUACCGAAGUGCAGCUCAGAGCCAGGAGGAGGGAGCAGGUGUCUGUCAGUUCUUCCUGUUGGGAAAGUGUCGUUUUGGAAACAGGUGUCGUCGAUCGCACAGCACUCCAACAUUAGACGACCCAGAGGCUGUUAUAGACCAGGAAAACAGGAAGGAGGGAGAAAAAGAGGGAAAACUCGAGAAGAAAGCAAUAGGGAAUAAAACAAACCAGCCAAAAGACACAGAGGGAAAAGGAUCAACUAAGAAGCCCCGCAUGCGUACAGCUGAUGACGUCAUCUCUCGGAUCCUGUGGGACCCGUCGGUGGAGCCGGCGGACUUUGUGGUGGGGUACGUGGACCGCUUCCUUGGGGUGCUGGAGCGGCCCUUCUCUGAGUUCAACUGGGACACCGACCCCUGUGAUUGUGACUACUCCUCUGAGCUAGCCCUGCCCAGACACAGGAUUCAGUACUUCACCCAUAGAGGGCGUAGAGUCUGGGACCGCAACAACAGGACUGACAGGGUGUUUGGAUCCACUGGACAGUGUCUGGCGCCCCCCUUUGGACAGGAGGAGGAGCAAGAGCAGGGGAAAGGGACACAAGAUGUUGAACAACAAGACCCAAAAAACGACCACCGUGAAUCAAGAGAAGAACAAGAUGGAGUCAUCACUACAGGGGAGGGAGAAGAGAGUGACGAGUCCCUGAUAAAACAGGAUGUUGAAAACGGACACUUGGCGGAAAGAAAUCAGAGCAAGAUAAGUGUUCAGAUGCCUGAGUCGACCAGACCAGGCACAGGAAGUACUCCACUGAACCAACAGGAAGCAGGAAGAGAAUCAGAACCCUUGGAAGAGGAAGUUGGGAAGGAUUCCGUUUUAGUCGUCAUAGCAGACCAGAUGUCUCUAUCCCAGAGAGAAAGCGAGAGCAGGGGGGAUGAAGGUGAGAAGGAGGAAGAAUGGAAAGAUUACUGGGAUGGAGAGAAAGGCCCAGACCUAGCCCAGUGUCCAUCUGUGCCUGUGGAGCAGAGAACAGAGAGGGGUGGAGGCCGGCCUUCCAAACGUAAGCCCACCCACUUCAUCACCUUCCGGGCCAACACUCCCUCCAUCCUCUCCUCCUUCCAGCACCUUCAGGAGGAGCUCACCUCCCUCCUCCCCUCAUCUGCCCCUCAUUGGUUGCCCCCCUCCUCCCUCCACGUCACCCUGUGUCUCCUGGUCCUCCCCGGCCCAGCCGAGGUCACUGCCGCUGGGGAGAUGCUCCAACGCUUCGCCUACCUGGACCGCAACCCCCCUGUGGCUGUCUCCUUCCCCCUGAAACUGAAGCACUUUGGUGGGAAAGUUCUCUACCUGAGCCCCCAGCCUCAGCCCCACCUCCAGCAGCUAAAUGCUGGCCUACAGGAGGCCUUCAGAGAGCAGGGCUGGCUGCACAGGGACUCCUUUAACCCACGCUACCAUCUCACCCUGGCCAAGGUGAAGGACCAGGAGGGGGCGAGGGUGUUUGAGGGGGUGGGGGAGCUGAAGGUGGGUAAGGGGGUGAAUUUUGGGCGACUGCCUAUAAAUAGGCUACACCUGUGUAGCAUGGGGAUGACUGGGGAUGGGUUUUAUGAGACACUGUGUGUGGUCAAUCUCCGGUGAGCUGUAGGUGUGUGUUUCGUCGUGGAAGGAUCAGAAUUUGUUGGUAACAUUUGUAAGCUGUUUAAUAUUCAUCAAAUGUGUGUAAGUUACUUCUCAUCAGAAUGGUAUUUUUGUAUAAUACUGUGGCGUGGUUGCAGUUAUCUGUUCUAUGUCAAAACUAAGUUGCAUGGGCCGCUGAGAGGGGAGAGGUCAAAGUGUCAUCAUGUGUAAACAUAUAUUUUACUCCCUACCUUUUCUAGUGGGGAAAGAAGGGUUGCAGUGUCUGGAAUCAUUCUAUGCUCCCUCUUAUGUUGUUUCUAUCUUAACCUAUAGCCUCACCUCCUCUCCGUGAGUUUGUCCAGGAGUUUGUAUUUUGAGUGGGUUGUAUCUAAAUGACAAUUUGAUAUAUGCCUGUUGAUAUGGAGGAUUUGGUUUAUGGUUCUGGGAUUUGGGAAAGGAGACAAAGCUGAAUGAUGAAUUAUGUCUAUGCUGUCUGACUAUGUGUGUCUUUGCUAUUAAAAGGAACUCAGUUGCAUUAUAAGGGGGCUCUCAGAGAAUCCACUGGGAGACACUGAAUUCAUCUGAGAGUCACAGGACUGUGAUAGAGCUCAUAUAAUUGAAGAUGGACUUUUAUAACUAACUCUGACGUGUGUGUGUGGUUUGCUCCCAUGAUUUGGUAAAUAGAGGAAAUUUCCACGACAGUUUGUUAAGGUAUGGAGGUGCUAUUUUACAAAGCACAGAACCCACAUUUCCACACCUCAGUCUCAAUCAUUUUACAUUUAAAGGUGCAAUAUGCAGAAAUCACUCCACAAUUUCCUGGUUGCUGAAAUUCAAGUUUGCCUAAGUUCAGUUUGUGACAAAACAAGCAAUCAUUGCUGGUUAUGUGUUGAGAGUUAUUGUACCAUCUAAACCGCUGUGAAAUAUCUUUUCAAUAACCAAAAUAUUGUAUUUUCAGCUUUCUGAAGAUGGUGUACAAAACCGGAAGUAAAAGACACAACAAUGAAACUUAAGAACGGGAAGCAUAGAAAUAGCACUCAGAACAGAUCUACCACUUCUUAGAUUUCAAUGACAAAUCUAUAACUCACAUUUCUAUGUGAAUUUGGUCCGCUUCCUAAAAGUUUCGUAUUGCAGCUUGAAAAUUACUCCAUUGAAUAAAAUAUGAAAUCCCAAUGUUCAUGAAGUGCCUCUAUCUGCUACGGACCAUGAUGAAGUAGCUGUAAUUGUAACGACUAAUUUACUGUACCAUGUUGUUUUAAGAAGAAAAAUGCUAUUUCAAACUCUUUGCAAUAAGGAAUUGAGACCAAAAGCUCAAGAGAAGUUUCAAGUGUUUAUUACCAAGAGAAUCCCCAUCCAUCUUCUGUUCUGGGCCUGACCCUGCUCUCUGAUCCUAGGCAAUUUCCUGUUAUCUGAUUAGGUCAACAACCUUUCUAAAUGAGCAUACACACAGUUUCAUGGCCUGAACUCUAUUAAUACUCACAGUAAUCAUUCACUACACAGGAUAUAAACAAACUACAGUUUAACUUGAAACAUGUUACAUUUUAAUAGAAUCCAUCAAUGUCUAUAGCUUUCACAUUUCAUUUAGCAGACUUUAAUACUGAUGUAAUGAUGUAAUGUAUUUAAUAUAAUAAUGGGUGAAAUAUUAUCUUUCCAUCAUGGUAACUUCAUCUCAACCAAUCAAUUCUUACUUUGUGGCUACAAAGAUGAUUUUAUAAUUGUAAUAAGAUUAAUUUAAUAUGAAUAUUUUAAUAUAAUCCAACAGAAACCCACUGAUUUCUGCUAUGUUCAUAAUGUAAAAUGUCUGCUUUUACAAAGAAUUAUGACCUUUUGGAUUUGGAUUGCCAAGGACAUUAAAUAUUGAACUUGU